GGCGGCAUGGGCGGUGGCUUGGGCAGUGGCUUGGGUGGUGCUUUGGGCGGUGCUGUGGGCAGUGCGGUGGGCGGUGCCUUGACCAGCACCGGCGGAGGCAUGACGGCUACUUUGCCGGGUGGUUCGGUGUCUGGAGCUGGUUCCGGUCGUGGAGCAUCAUCGUUCGGAAUGGGAAGCACAGGUGGUUUAGCCGGUGGUCACUUGGGUGGUGUCUUGGGAAGUGCCACGGGUGGUGCCUUGGGCAACCGUCUGGGAGGUGGCAUGGGCGGUGGCUUGGGCAGUGGUGUGGGUGGAGCUUUGGGUGCAGCUGUGGGCAGUGCGGUGGGCGGUGCCUUGAGCAGCAGCGGGGGAGGCAUGACGGCUACUUUUCCGGGUAGUACUGGUGCAAGUUCCUUCACCACAGGUUACGGAGGUGGUCCUGGAGGCCUAUCAAGUGGAUUAGGUCAUUCGGGAUCAGUUGGUGGUGGCCUUGGAGGUGCCGGUGGAUCACUUGGAGUUGGUGCAGGUACUCUUGGUGGUGGCCUUGGGGGUGGCGUCGGAUCCCAUGGAGGAUCUGCUGGCGGUAGGCUUUCAGUCGGCGGUGGAUCUCUUGGAGGUCGUGUAGGAACUCUUGGUGGUGGCCUUGGAGCUGGCGUCGGAUCCCAUGUAGGUGGUGCAGGUUCUGCCGGCGGCAGCUUGAGCAGUGGUGGAGGAAUGCUGUCAGGUCCAUCGGGCUCCUGGGGUUCCAGCAGUGGUCGCCUUGGCAUCGGAUCGGCAUCUGGCGGUUCACUUUCUGGCAGCGGCAGUGGGAUCAGUACCGGUGGCAUUAGCGGUGGCAGCUACGACGGUGGCUACAGUAGCGUAUCAUCAUCUUCUGGUUCAGGAGUGUCUGGUGGUGGUACCUAUGGUACCAGUUUAACAUCUGGUAGUUCGGGUCUUGGCGGUCGCAUCAGCGGUGGUCGACUGUCUGGAGCUGGCGCUGCAGGCGGUCGCUUAGGAGCUGGUGGUGCAGGGUCUGUAAGUGGUGGCCUUGGAGCAGGCGGCUUAUCAGUUGGAGGUGGUGCAGGUCAUGAAACUGCUGCCUACGUCUAUGGGUCCCGAAACCAGAGAACCACCCCGUCCAACAUCUGA